AUGACAACCACCUUCCCCACCGCCCCAACACCCUUCGCCGAACCCUCCUGGCUCGCCGGGCUGCCCUCGCCCUAUCACACGGCGUCGCACCGCAAAUGGCAGCGCGACAUCCGCUCCUUCAUCGAGGAGCACCUCCUCCAACACGCCUUCGAGUGGGACACGCAGGAGACAGUGCCACCGCACGUCUUUGAGACUUUCGCCCAAGCCAAUAUGCUGGUGCCGAACCUCCCCGCCCCGCUACCGGCUGCGUGGUUGCGGCGCCUGGGCCUCGGCGAGCUUCUGGGCGGGCUGAAGGUCGAGGACUUUGAUUACCUGCACAAUGCCAUAUACUGUGACGAGAUGUCGCGCGCCGGCAUCGCAGGUCCCUCGGGCUCCCUCACCGUCGGCAUGGCCUUUGGCGUCCCUCCAAUCAUCAAGUUCGGCAACGCAGCCCUGCAGGAGCGCUUCCUGCCGGAUCUGCUGACGGGUAAGAAGCGCGCCUGCAUCGCCAUCACCGAGCCGGGCGCGGGUAGCGACGUUGCCAACAUCACGACGACGGCCGCCAAGACGCCCGAUGGGAAGCACUACAUAAUCAAUGGCACGAAGAAGUGGAUUACCAAUGGCAUCUGGAGCGACUACGCCGCCAUGGCAGUGCGGACCGGCGGGCCUGGCCCUGCGGGCUUGAGCAUGCUGGUUGUGCCGCUGAAGGGGUACCCGGGAGUGAGCAUGCGCCGAUUGAAGGUUUCUGGACAGGUCAGCGCGGGGACGACAUUCAUUGAGUUAGACGACGUCAAGGUGCCCGUGGAUAAUCUCAUUGGCACCGAGGGCGCGGGCAUGAAGUAUAUCAUGACGAACUUCAACCAUGAACGCCUCACCAUCGCCAUCGGCGCCACACGUUACGCCCGCGUCGCCGUCGCCUCAGCCAUGGACUACGUCAUGAAGCGCGAGGCUUUCGGCAAGGCGCUGGUCGAGCAGCCCGUCGUGCGGCACCGGCUGGCCAAAGCCGGCGCCGAGCUCGAGAGCCUGCAGGCGUGGGUUGAUUUAUUCGUCUACCAAAUGACGCGGCUCAGUAAGGAGGAAGCCGACGUCCAAUUGGGCGGGCUGACGGCGCUGGCCAAGGCCCGCGCGGGCAUGGUCUUUGACGAGUGUGCGCGCUGCGCCGUCCUGCUGUUCGGCGGCAACGGUUACACCAGAACUGGCCAAGGCGAGAUUGCCGAGCGGCUGUAUAGAGAGGUGCCCGGUCAGAGGAUCCCCGGAGGAUCGGAGGACGUGCUACUGGAUCUGGCAAUCCGGCAACUGGUGAAGAACUACAAGAAUCAAACGAAGGCCCUAGAGCGGUCGAGCGGAUCAUCGAAACUCUAG